GUUGAGGUUGACAAAUGACAAUACACAUGUAUGUAGCAGGUACAGUUUUCACUAUAAUAUAAAAUAUUGAAAUAGAAAUGAAUAGAAAACGAAAUAUAAACUACAUCAAGCCUGAAGAUCCACCUUUUUUGAAAAUGUUAAAAAAGGAAGCUGGUUACGAUAAUACCAAUCAUAAAUUCGACAAACUUGACAAUGCUGAGGAGGAUUUUGUCGAUGAUGAUGAUAGCGAACUACCGCAAGUAGUGGUUCUUAAGAAAGGUGACCUAACUGCUGAGGAAGCAGAAGUAGAAAAAGAGAGAAUAAAAAAAGUAGAAUCUGAAACCAAGGCGGACUUAUCCCAGAAAGUUGUAUUUAAAUCAAAAACAUCCAAUAAAACAGACCAAAAAAAGGUUUUACCUAAGAAAAAGCAAGAAAAAAAUAAACAACUUUUAUCUUUUGAUGAUGAUGAAGCUUCUGAUAGUGAUACUUAAGACAAUGAGACAUUGCUAACAUUUGGGUUAUAAUAUGUGUAAUCAUCACAAGCAAUAAUAGAAAAGUGUUGGUAUAAAGCAGUUUUUUGAACCCAGGCAGACUACUGUUAAAACAAUAUAACCAUUGAUCCAAUUGUUAGAGUAAUAUCAAAUGUCCCUGACUAUUUGGAUCAUGGACAAUAGUUGAUAUUUUAAAAAAUUGUAAAGUUUUUUUCAUAUACAUUUAUUUAUUUAUUUAGUCCACUAGUGACUGUUGCAGCAUUUGCAUAACUACAAUCUAAAAAAAAUUAGAUAAAUCAGCAUGAAGGCUAGAGAGCAGCAGACUAGAAGUUGGUUCUUGGCAUAUUCUAGUCUGCUCUCCAAGCUGGACCUUGUCACUUUCCAUAAGACAUGAUAAUUCAAAUCUGUUCAUUGUGAUGUCUAAGUAUGUAACUGUUUAAAAUUUUUCAUGUAAAUAUUUUAAAUAUAUUGUUAAAGACAAGGUGUUGUCUUAUCUAUCAAUCAUAUUGUAAAAAUGUAAGGUAGAUCUUGUUUCUUGCAAAUAAAACUUUUUACUCACUGUGGUCCCUGCAUUAUGGGAAAACAUUUCAAGACAUUUUAUAAUUAACAACUUCACUGACCCCAUACAAAAAAAAAUCGACUGCCCACAUCCAGCAUUUUUCUUGUUCCGUUAGAUUAAAGAAUAUUCACAUUGCCUUAAAAAACAAUAAUUCAUACAAAUAAUAAUUGUUUUCAAUUUAUUUUACUAUUUCGAUUUUUUUGACUCAUUAUGACUCAUGGGCGUGGAAUAAAAUAUUUUCUCUCCCACGUCCAGUGAGUCACGGGCAGGGCCGGACCGUCCAUACGGCGAACGGAGCGGUCGCUCCAGGCGCCAAAUCCUAGGGGGCGCCGAAAUGGUAAAGACAAGAUCUAUAUUUAAAGCGAAGAGAUGAACGCGACGUGCGCGAAUUUACUUCUAAUAGAGGCGUCUUUCUUCACCUAUGGUGCAGGGAGUGCGUUGAUUUUAACCCGGGUAUAUACAGGUAAUAGAGGGCGCUAGGGUGAUGAUUGCACCCGGGCGCUGCGUGAGCUAGAGAGUCUUUACUUAUAGUGCAGGGGGUGCGUUACACCCGGGUGUCGCGAUCUCAGGGGCGCCCAAGCGCCACUCGCCGCGCGGGUUCUAUAGGUACUCGGGGGCGCUAGGGUGAUGAUUGCACGUGAUCGAGAGACGGUAUUGUGCCUGAUUUUCAAUUGGCCUGAGUAUGGUCAAAAUCUUCGCGUUCCAUAAGUUCGUAGCCUAAGUAAACCAGGAAACUACAAAGCUAUAAUUUUUUAGUUAAUUUAUUUUUCAACUUUAUUUAGAGCUCAAUACACUUAUUUUGUAGGCCUGGAAACAUUUCUAUACCAGCUAUUUUUUUUCUUUAAACUCUUAGAAAAUGCAUAGACCACUUUCAUAAAAAUUUUGAACUCGAUAAGUGCUUUUUCUAGCUUCGGAAAUAGAUAAAAGUCUGAUGGAGACGAGACUAGAUCAUAUGAAUAUGGUGGUAAGGUAAGAAUUCUAAAUUAUACUGAUGAAUUUCUGCUAUGCUUUUAACAACAUUUCACACGUUUGUUAAAAGCAUAGCAGAAACUCGCCAAUUAUCCUGAUGAAACAAAACUUUUCUUCUCAAUGAUCAUGGCCAUUUUUCUUUAAUUUGUCCUCUGAAACAUCGCAGCAGAUUUCACUAUUAAGCAGAGUUUAUAUUUACGCCUUUUUUAGUAAUCCACCGUAAUUACAUCCCGCGAAUCUCAAAAAACUAAGGCCAUUACUUUUGCAACACGCAAAACCGCUUCUGCCUUUUUGGAACAUUGGAUCCUGGUCGUGUCUACUUUUUAGACUAUACUUUUGUUUCUGGAGUUAAAGUAAUAUACUCAGGUUUUAACCAUGGUCACAAAACAUACAAAAAAGUAUCUGCCUUAAACAACUCCAAGCAGUUGCGAAAAUUCGUCAGUCGAUCGCGUAUUUGUUCAACUCAAAGAAGCCAAGGCGAUUAUGUGAUGUUUGCCUUCUGUUGAGAUGCCAAUAAUGUCAGCUAUCUUCCUAAAAGUCAAUCUAUCUAUCUAUCUAUACUAUAUACUAUACUAUAAUAAAAGAGUAGAAAUCGAGUGUCUGUACUUUGCCCAAAUUUAACUAAAAUCAAGUUAGGGCAAUUAGAAAUGAGCAAUUGAAUACGAAAACAUUUUUUUUUUAUUUUCUUGUCUGUCUGUCCUUCUGUCUGUAUGUUCGUGCUAUUCUCUGGUUCUACUGGACGAAUUUUGAUGCGGAUUUCACAAAUAGAUUAAGCAUAGUCCAGGACAACAUAUAGGCUUUGUUUCAUUAAGAUCGGAUCUAUAGCAAAAAACGCGCGAACUUUAUUCUGCACUAUAUUGUAAUAGGGCUUCCGACUGUGACCAUGGCUGGGCAUUUUACCCAAGCCCAAAAAACGCGCGGCCUUCGGCCGCGAACUUUAUUCUCAACCGGCCUUCGGCCGGGGGUUUGUAAUAAGGCUUCCGACUGUGACUAUGGCUGGGCAUUUUACCUAAGCGCAAAAAACCGAAGGCCGCGCACUUUAUAGUAUACUACUAUAUCAUAAAAAAGUUUUCAUUAAAUUAAAAGCGAAACAUAACAUCGUAUGUGCUAUCUUCUGAUCAGUUUGAAGGCGGUACCAAGUUAGUGCUGUGUUAAUUAAAGCCGUAUCUGAAAGAAGUUUCUGAAAAUCCAGUUAAAAUCUUUAUGAUUUAAACGGUUUGAAUCGAAUCGAAAUCGUACGGUCGAAUUGAGAAACCUCCUCCUUUUUUUGAAGUCGGUUAAAAAUGUAUGACAUUCCGAUAUACGUUAGGCUACGAACUUUUCAAACGUCCCUAGUAUAUAAUGUUAGGAGCAAACAGAAAAGGCGCCAUAAUUGGAUCUCGCUCCAUUCUAAAAUUUACCUCGGUCCGGCGCUGGUCACGGGUGCACACAUUACUAGUACAAAAAAAAUAGCCGUUGAUAUUCUAUUUCAAGUUGCCGUUAUAAAUUCUAGGUGCAUUCACAAUGAGUUGGCGUCAGAACAUCAGAAAUUGUCUGUUUUGCAAGUCCAAGAACAAUUAGUUUGAUAUUUCCUCGGGCCAGCAGCAACAACUAUAGAAUCCAAUGUGCCCCAAAGACCUUCGCUCUCUCUGACUUCCUGAUCUUCAAGUUCCUCUCUUUCUUCUAGUCUUCAAGAAAUGCCGCUUAAUAUUGUAAAAAAUAUAUUAGUUCGAAAGAGAUGCUCCGGUUGCUAUGCCAAACUAUAAAGUCAAGAGCAAUUAGCUCGUAAAGCCAAACAAGUGCACACAGAGUGCAAAGCAUGCAAAAAACCAUUUUGUUUAGAUUGCUACAAUGAAAAACACGUUCGCUAAAAAAACCUUUUUAAUGUCUUUUACAUUAGUUUUAUUUCAUUCAAAUACAAAAUCUUAUCCUUUACGAAUACUCAUCAUGAUUAUUAUUGCACCCAAUAAAAAAAAAAAUUACGAAUUUUUUUUCACUUCAUUAAAUUUAAGGUUUUUUGCUAUAAGUUCACGUAUUUAUUAUUGGUACAAUAUGCCACGUUCACGACAAAAAUACAGCCCCAAGUUGCACCAACAAAUGACUCGUAUAUGACUCCUGAACUUAUUUCAAAAGGUCCUCAUGAGUCAUAUGUGACUCAUUGGACAGUGAAGUUGUUAAUGUUGCUCUUUUAUAGGUAAAGGUUUCAUAUUUAACAUCACAUGGGCCAUCUGCUUGUUCUAUAAUUGUUCUAUUACAACUAAAAAAAGGUAUUUCAUUUUCACCACACUUUUUGGUUCGCUGACUCAAUAAGUACUACUUCAGUAUUACAAAAAUAAUUCUACUGAUUUAUACAUUUAUGUUUUAGUUGUUGAAACUGAUGAAAAAUGUAAAUUUUGAAACAAAUGUAAAUGUAAAUUUUUAAAAAUAGAAUAAAUGAAAUUAUUAAUAUCAGAAAGUAUAGACAUCUUGUGAUGCUAAUUGAAAUUAACUAAAAUAAUUAUUAAUAAAUUGUAUUUUUAAUUAAUUAAAAGUUGGUAAAGUUAUGAAAUGUAUUUUUAUACUAUGGAAAUGUAAUAUAAUAAAUAAAUGAAAUUAAGUUCAUAAAA